AUGGCGCCUCCACAAUCGGCAAGAAAGUCUCGCAUUUCCUUUGCCGACGUCCUCCUAGUCCGCCUUGUCAACGCCCUCAGCAUCGCCACGUUCUUCCAGCCCGAUGAGUACUUUCAGUCGCUGGAACCGGCAUGGAACCUUGCAUUUGGCCCCGGAAGCGGCGCUUGGCUUACCUGGGAAUGGCACUAUCAGCUGCGCUCCUCGCUGCAUCCCAUGCUCUUUGCCAUUCCCUAUUGGCUCGUCGACCAUGUAGCACGUCUCCUUGAACCUUUCGGCUUUCCUGCUGCGCUGCGCUCUAGCAUGCUCAUUGCGGCACCGGCCAUUCUUCAGGCUUUCAUCGCCGCGCUGGGCGACUGGUACACGUUUAAGCUCGCUUCCAGCAUAUAUGGCCAGGACAGCCUCAACGCCAACGUUGCACUUAUGCUGCAGCUCGUCAGCCCAUGGCAAUGGUACUGCGCGUCACGAACUUUUUCCAAUUCACUGGAAGCCACACUCACCACCAUGGCGCUCAGCUACUGGCCGUGGCCACUUCUUGGCGCUGCCACGACGACGAAGGAGAACCCCAAACCUGUUGAUCCGCUCAAUCAUGGCGGGACCGUAAGCCGCCUUCGAGUUUGUCUAGGCCUGGCCGCGUUGGCUAUUGUGCUGCGGCCAACCAAUGUGCUUAUAUGGAUCACCAUUGCCGGUCUCACAGUUACGCGUCCAUCUUUCCGUGGCCAUUCGCCUCUUAGCAUCUCUACCAUCGCGGUGCUUGUCCGCGAAGCAAUUGCAUGCGGCUUCUUUGUCUUGGGUCUCUCCUUGCUCGCCGACCGGGCCUACUUUGGCUUCUGGACUUUGCCCGCGCACAACUGGCUCAACUUUAACAUUACAAAGUCCCUUGCCAUCUUCUAUGGUCAGAAUCCGUGGCAUUACUAUAUACUUCAGGGUAUUCCGCUGCUCUGCACCACAACAUUACCCUUUGUCCUGCCGUCUCUCAUAAAGCCGCAAAACAAGGGCACUGCAGAGCUCGAAAACACCCACCGCGCUCUGGCUGCCGCCGUCCUUGUCACUAUCACAACACUGUCGCUCAUCUCACACAAAGAGGUGCGCUUCAUUUAUCCCCUGCUUUCCAUAUUCUCUGUUCUGGCGGCUCCUCGUGUUACGUCGUUCUUCACGUCAGCUCCUAAACCCGCAACUGCCAAAGCAACAGCAUCCAAGCGUCAGGUCCGCAAUAGGGGGUACCUCAUGGCCGGCCUUGCUGUCAACGGCUUACUGGCUGGAUAUCUCUCCUACUUUCACCAGGGCGCCCCCAUUCAAGUGCUCUCGUUCCUCAGGCAGGACUUUGAGCGUAUCCAUGCCACCUCUCCCGCUGCGUCCCGCCCCAACGACAAGUCAGAGCUAUUCGCCCUCUUUUUGAUGCCGUGUCACUCCACGCCAUGGCGUUCACAUUUAGUGCACCCGGAUCUGCAUGCGUACGCGCUCACCUGCGAUCCGCCGCUGCACACCAACCCCAACACCAUCGAGAGAGACACAUACCGUGACGAGGCGGACCGCUUCUACGACGACCCUGUGGGCUUCUUGAGCCGCGAGCUAUUUUCAAGUAGGCCCGCGCCGCCACCGGCCUCUGUCCCGGGUGGCCGCAGCCCAGAGGCUGUGCCGGGCAUGCUGAACCGGCCGCGGUAUAUCGUCGGGUUUGAAGGCGUGGAGAGCUAUCUCGAAGAGUUUCUGACCACAACACAGGAGGGCAAAGCAAUGGGCCUGAGGUUGCAGCCCGUGUGGAGAGGUUUCAACGGCUUGUUUCAUGAAGACUGGCGUCGCGCAGGAAAUAUUGUGGUCUGGGACACGGGUGUCUUCCACGAUGCUCCCAGUGUGCUGGCGGGAUAG